CUUGUCUGAGCCAAGAUACAACAUACUUGCCCUCAGAAGAGGACAAUUUUUUCCUCCUUUGUCCUAGGGCUGUUAUCAUACAAGGCUCUAUAGAAAAACAUUAAUAAUGUUAAAAUUCUGUCAUUCAUUUUGAAAUGAACAAGGCUUUCAUGAUACAUCUUGUCUUUGAAGAUGAGAAUACAAGACAACAGGUAUCUAGUUAACAACACUUACCAUCACAAUCUACAAACACAGCACUUUUGUUUUUCAAGAGAGGAUUCCUCUUUGUACUCCUAACUGUAAACACAAGACGUGAAGAGUAGGAAAAGGGACCAGUGCUUGCCAAAGGGGCCUGAGAGGGAGGCCAGGUUACCACCGUGUGGACAGCCCUGCACUGGUUUCCAAAGAUGCUCUUGAAGUAGUCCUCAUUAACACAGCUUGCCUUCACCUGCCAAAGCUCUACAUCAUGGGCUGCAUGAAGUCAAAGGAAACGUUCCCAUUUCCUACCACAUUAGACAUUGACAAGCUACACGAGAGUGAAGAGGCCUUUAUGCCAGGUGAUACCUGUCAAUAUAGGACGCCUUCUACAGAUGAACAACAGCAAGUCCAGGAGGAAGUGAAGAAACCCCCAGUGCCCGGUGCCGUGAUCGGUUCCGUGAUCCUUGAAUUUGCAGACCGUCUGGCCAACGAAAUUGUGGAGGAUGCCUUACAGCAGUGGGCAUGUGAAAACAUCCAAUACUACAACAUCCCAUACAUUGAGAGUGAGAGCUCUGACAUCACCAUUGAUUGAUGAUACUUGACUGUGCUCUGGAUGUAGUUGGUGCUAGUUAAAUACAUAUGUUUUCAAACUCCAACUGGAUGUUAAGCCGUGUCUCUGAUAUUAGUGUAGGGAUGCUUAUGGUGUAAUAUAAUUUUAAGCAGUUCUACUAUUUUAACAUCAAUGUACAUCUGCUUGAUCUCAAAUUUUGGUCACAGAAGGCCUGGAAAGAGGUCUUACGCCACCCAGCCAUUAGCUGUCUGUCAUACCAUGCUCUUCCUGGGGGCAGAAAUGACAUCACCAAAGAAAAUGUUGAGUAAAAAGUGCCCAAGUU